AUGGAUGCAGACACUGAAUACUUUUCGAGUGCAUCCGAGAAGUCUUCAUUGGAAGACUCGUCUCAAUAUGAAGCAUCAGAAGACGAAAUAUUCCACGUAUCACCCACGAUAAGGCGGCACCGAAUCGAACCGGAUACCGACGAUGAAAUGGAUUUCGAAAAUGAAAAUGAACAUAAUAUAGAGGAUAACGAAUGGUCAAAUAAUAUAACACAAACAGCGACAAGUGUAAUUCCAUUUGUAAAAUCUAGAACUGCUGUACAAAUCGAGGGUAAUCAACCACACAGUUUUUACGUUGCUUUUCUUACGGAAGAAAUUCUACAAAUAAUUGUUGAUGAAACCAAUAGAUAUGCUGAACAAUAUAUGCAAAAUAGAAGAUCCAUUCGUGUAGAUAAAUGGACACCAACCGACAAAAAUGAAAUGAAACGAUUUUUCGGGCUACUUAUAUGGAUGAGCCUAGUCAAGUUACCAAAAUAUGACGCAUAUUGGUGUACCAAUAACACCUACUGCCAAUCUUUUCCAAGAACAGUUAUGUCGAGAAAUCGGUUUGAGUUGUUAUUACGGUUCCUUCAUUUUACAAAUAAUCAAACGGCAAACACAAAUGAUAGACUGUAUAAGUUAAGACAAAUUGUUGAUAUACUAAAUCAAAAUUUUUCUAAAUACUAUGAUUUAGAUGAAGAGAUAUGCAUUGAUGAAUCACUAGUACCUUUCCAAGGACGCAUAAAGUUCAGGCAACUUUUGAAACAGAAACGACAUAAAUACGGCAUCAAAGUCUUCAAAAUGUGUUCAGGCCAAGGAUAUACAUACAAAUUUGAAAUAUAUUCGGGAAAAAACUUAGAUGCACCAUGCAUAACCCCUACAAAUGUUGUAAUGAAUAUAUGCAAUAAUAUUCUUCAUAGAGGCCACACAAUUUACACCGAUAAUUGGUAUACGAGUAUAAAUUUAGCCGAAAAAUUAAUUGAUUGCAAUACUCAUUUAGUAGGAACCCUAAAAAAAGAUAGAAAGGGAAUACCUGUUGACGUAAAAUUUAAAAAAUUAAAACGCGAAAGUACCAAAAAAUAA